GUGGCGGCGGGCUCGGGCGGAAGCAGGAAGCGGCGGAGCAGGACCACGCGCGGGGCGGUGUUUGUUGUGGGGCCAUGGCGGAGAAGUUCGACCACCUCGAGGAGCACCUGGAGAAGUUCGUGGAGAACAUCCGGCAGCUCGGCAUCAUCGUCAGCGACUUCCAGCCCAGCAGCCAGGCCGGGCUCAACCAGAAGCUGAAUUUUAUCGUUACUGGCUUACAGGAUAUUGAUAAGUGCAGGCAGCAGCUUCAUGACAUUACUGUGCCUUUAGAAGUUUUUGAAUACAUAGAUCAAGGCCGAAACCCCCAACUCUACACCAAAGAGUGCCUGGAGAGGGCCCUGGCCAGGAAUGAACAGGUGAAAGGCAAGAUCGACACCAUGAAGGCUUUCGCGGGGCACGAGACGUGGAACGCGCCGCCACCGGACCCGCCACGAGCAAGCUUCUCAGCUCCCGUGUCUUCCUCGAGGGCCGUUAAUGAUACGGAUCUGAGAUACUUUGAGGUUCCCCUCUCAGUCGCUGCAACUUGAACUACGUGGAACCUGUGAGUCCUAACCAAUAGAGUGUAACCAAGGAGAGGACAUGUGCCUUCCCAGACCACAUAACAUCAUCUAAGACGCCAUCUUAGCAGACUGGUGUGAAAGACAUUCUUUCUUCCACUGGCCUUGACGAUGCAAACGGCCAUGUUGUGACCUGCCUGUAGAACCGAGGUGGCCUCCUGUGACAGCCUGUAGGAAUCAUAGCGCUCAAGGAGAUGGAUUCUGGAGCUGGAGCUCUUAGCCAGUGUGUUAAUAAACACAAUGUGUUACGAGGUAGGACACCUGAAUUAUGACCGUUGUUUAUCUCACUUGUCCGAGAGUCCGACACCGGGCUGCACAGACUUUAGCAGCAGACUGUUCAUGAGCUCAUACGGCAGGCGAGGAGCUGUGAAUUUCUUCCCUUCAUGGGUGGGAUGGAGCCCCCCCUGCACGCAAGGACUGUUUCUUGAUAAAGAAGAGGCUGGGAGGAGACUCCGGAAGACCUCCCUGCCCUUCCUCUGCUGUGCUCCCUGGUGCGGGAGCCUGGUCCCUGCACCCUGCAUCGCUCCAGACCCCUUGCUGGUGGAUCGAGCUAGUGCUGCUUGUGGUGGUUGAACGUCCACAUCCCAACCCCCAGAACCUGGGAAUGCUAUCCUGUACGGCAAAGGGGACUUUGCAGCUGGGAUUAGGUUAAGCAUCAUGAGAUGGGGAGGCUGUCUGGAUGAUCCAGGUGGGCCCAAAGUAACAAUAAGUGUCCUUAUGGGGGAACCACAGGCAGGAGAUCAGAGGAGGAAGUGGGAAAGUCACAAUGGAGGUAAGAGGUUGGGGUGAUGUGAGGGAGGGGCCACACACCAGACAAUGUGGGUGGCCCCAGAAGCAGAAAAGGCCAGGAAAGGGAUUCUCUCCUGGUGCCUGCAGAAGGAACCCCCGGCGAUUCCUUGACUUUAGCCCAGUGAGACCGAUUUCAAAAUUCUGGUCUCCAGCACUGUAAGAAAAUACAUUUGUGUUGUUUUCA